CACAUUCUAAUAUCAAAACAACCUUGAGAUCUGCCGCAGAGUUCCUCGCAUCAGUAGAAUAACUUUGUGGAGUAUAUCCACUAGUGAAAUAUAACUAGCUAGAAAAGCUCUACGAAUAAAUUACACGGUGGAAUUACCGCUGGAAUAUUAUGAAUCAUAACUUGGAUUAUUAGACUGCAAGUUGUAGGAGGAAUUUAUUUUCUUAAAGAAUAUGUCAGUUUUAUGGAGUUCUGUUUUCUGAAUUUGUAGACAGAAGUUUUCAGAUUUUGUGAGUGGAUUAUAUAAUGGAAUGCUUUAUUAUUGAAAGGAUGGUAGGCUAAUGGAGACAUAAGUGAAACUUCUACUAUGGGUAGGGAGAAAAAGGUGAAACACAAGGUCAAGAUCACUAUAGAAGAUACUGACGCUAACAGCAAAUAUGCAGACGACACUGGCUGUAAAUAUACAAACGACACUGGCUGUAAAUAUACAAACGACACUGGCGGUAAAGGAGCAAACGGCACUGGCGGUACAGCAGCAAGCGACACCGCCAUUAAAGCAGCCGAUGACGAUGAUUCUGCUUGCAGGGUCCCAUUGACGAAGGGUAUAAAAGCUAGAACAGUCGGUACAAAAUCAGACAGACCUAUAAAGAAACUGAAACUCUUCGCCAUUAUCAUCUUCUUUUGUUCUGUGAUACUCCUUGCCGCUGUGAUUAUUCUAGCCGUCCAUAUCGGCGUUAUACAUUACUGUUUCAUAGGUAUCCCAAUCAUUCCCGUGGACACUGAAAACCCUGGAGUGUUCCAGGACAUGUCAGUGGACGAGUAUAAGGCAGUCCUUGAUUAUAUGCUUUACAAAUCUAAGAUAGGAUUGACUAGAUUCGAGAAAGCAACGGUAAACAGUAGUUAUAUUUAUAUGAUAGAUCUUCACAUUCCACUGAAAACAUCUGUGCUGGAACAUUUAGACAGAGGGAGCAUUAGAAUAAAAAGAGCAGCAAAAGUAGUGGUGAUAAGGGGUAACCUUGCCACGCCGAAAGUGGAAGAGUAUUUAGUUUCACCCAUUCCAAAUCCAAGAACUCAUAUACUCGCAAGAAAUCCAUCGUACGCUCGAUUUCCAAUACCGUACACAAGCAGGCCGGUGGACAAUAUAGAUUAUGAUCAGUUAUUUAAAAUGAUAAACGAUUUCUCCGAAAAGGCGUAUCAUAUUUUAAUUGAAAGUUAUGGACUUUGCUAUCAUAACUGCACGAAAGGUGUAAAUUGUAUGAUUUUUCGCGACGUCGCACCACGUGGUCAAAAGAGCGGACAAAGAGACACGUGGUUUUGGUCAUUCCGAGAUGUUGAGGGCUACUACUUACAGCCGUUGGGUUUGGAGCUUCAAAUUAAUCACACGUCUAAUAAUAUCAAAGAGUGGAAAAUUGACAAAAUUGUUUAUAACGGACAACUUGUGUACACAGUCAGAGAUUUAAUUGAGCAAUACGAGUCUAAACGCAUGAGAAAGAUAAAGUUCGAAAACCCUAGUCGGCAACAUAGGGAUAUAUAUUCAUCGUAUACUAGACGCGGCCAAUCUGAAAUGGCAAAACCUUUACAAGGACCUAGAUUCUAUGAACCCGAUGCUAAAAGAUACACAAUAUUUGGGCAACACGUGAAAUAUAUGCACUGGGAUUUUGACGUCCGGAUGCGUCCCUCGACGGGAUUACAGAUUUUUGAUGUCAGGUUUCAAAGUGAACGUAUUGCAUAUGAAAUAAGUUUACAAGAUGCAGUGAUAUUUCAUACGGGAUAUGGUCCAUCACAGACAAUAUCAAACCUGUAUCUAACAUCGUGGAUGAUAGGAGCUUCAUCUUUUGAGCUUGUACGUGGCAUCGACUGUCCUGAUACGGCGUCCUUUCUUGAUACACAUAACUUUGUAAACUCAGGAGUACCGUUACAUUAUAAGAAUUCUAUAUGUAUUUUUGAGGUAAACCCAGGUAUUCCCCUACGGAGGCAUUAUACAAAUAAUUACGCGGGCGGAUAUAAACAUUAUGGAGGUAUAGUUGAUUACCACCUGAUAGUGCGUCAUAUAGCAACCAUAUGGAAUGGAGAUUACAUUUUCGAUUACAUCUUCCGACUAAACGGGGAGAUAGAAAUACGCGUUUCAACAACUGGGUAUGUUCAGGCAACGUAUAAACUUCCAUUUGAACAACAGUACGGAAACCCUUUAUAUUUCGAUGUAAACGCUAAUGUGCAUCAACAGUUAUUUCAUUUUAAGAUAGAUCUAGAUAUAGGACGUCAAGAAAAUAGGUAUUCAGUAUUAGAUGUUGAUUUAGAAACAAUACGUCAUCCGUGGUAUUCCAAAUCAAAUAAGACCCAAUUUGUGCUCAGUGAACGGAAGAUGGAGCGGGAGAUGGACAUUGUUGUCGACGAUUCUGAUAAUCCGAGAUAUCAUCUCAUCUAUGAUAAAUAUUUACACAACAAAUACAAGACAAAGCGAGCGUAUCGUAUUUUAAACAAAAGUAGUUCUAAAUAUUUACUUGAUUAUGUGCCUGUCACUAACGCGGCUAAAUGGGCGAAAUAUCCUCUUGUUAUAACAAAGUAUGACGACACUGAAGAUCUCUCUAGCUCUAUUUAUGCUCAGAACGAUCCUUGGAAUCCUGUUGUUGACUUUGAACGUUUUGUUUCUGACAAUGAUACAAUUGUUAAUGAAGAUCUCGUUGCCUGGGCAACACUUGGAAUGUACCAUAUUCCGCAUACAGAAGACGUUCCGUCCACCUCAACGUCGUGGAAUAAACUGUCCCUCCACCUUAUUCCUUUUAACUUUUUCACGGAAUGCCCAAGUGUUUCGUCACCGAGUGCGGUUCAUAUAACUCCAGAUAAAAAUAAGGAAAAUAUUAAUGUAGACACGUUCGGCACCACUUAUGAGAGCACCUGUGUACCGCCAAUUUAUGGACCAAGCACAUUCUACGGGUACCGUGAUGCGGAAUAAAUACAAUAUAAUAUUUGAUUAUUGCAAUUAAAAUUUCGUGUAAAAAUGAGAAACAAAAUCGAUUGAUUGAUGAAAGUACAUCAAAAUUUGACAAUGUAUUUCAAAACUGUGAUCCAAUAUUACAUUUGUUUGCUCAGCUGUUGUCAGAAAAAAUGUAUUAAUUCCUAAAUCUUGUUUUAUCAGCAUGGAAAUUCAUUAUACAUGUAUACCAUAAUUGUGCUUCUCGUGCCAGUAAGGAGGUAAAAAAGCUUAUAAAGAAAUGAAUGACUUACAUUUAAGAUUGAUCAUAGUGAAAUCAAUAUGUUUGUAGUUCUGCUUAGUUACUAAUAUUUCUAAUGAGUAUUUUUCAAUUGUACUGGUAAGAACGUGUUAGCCAGAAUACGUUAGCGCCCCUUUAGCAGCUUUGAAUACACUUCUUCACUUCAAAGAAAGUGAACGGUAGUGGGAACAUUUGACUGAUGCGCAGGAGAGUACAAAUAGCCGAAUGACGGCACAUCUCCGGAACAUUACACACUAUACAACCUUAUGUAGUGCCUAGAUGAACAUUAAAAUUUCAAUGUAGUGUUUAUAUUCUGUGAUAUAUAAUUCUGUCUCAUAUAAACAUCAAGUGAUGUCAUUAUAUCUGUUAGUGUCUCAUUUACAUAGUCCUAUUCACAGUAUUGUAUAAUUUUGUAAUCUAUUCAUUACUGAUUGUUUUACGAUGUAUUUUAUAAACCAAAGAUACAAUAACAAACAUU